AUGGCAUUGCGGACUCGCCUGGGACGCGAAUUUCACUUCCGCUCCAUUUCUCACUUUGCAGCGUCGCGUCGUUUUCGCCCAUUCGCACGUCUUCCACCACCACCACCACCACCCGCGGCUCCCUUUUCAACAAGCCGGCAUUUGCUCCAAGCUUCGAACCGUGCAAGUAUGGCAGCCUCGCAGUCGACGCAAGGGUCGUACACGACCGCGUUCGCCCUAUUCGAGGCACUCUGGGAAGCCGGCGUCACGGCAUGUUUUGUGAAUGUUGGGUCUGAUCACCCCUCCAUUCUCGAAGCCAUCGUCAAGGGCAAGCGGGAGCGGCCCAACUCUUGGCCGCGAAUCAUCACAUGCCCAGCUGAGGUCACUGCCAUUUCCAUGGCCGAUGGAUAUUCGCGCGUAUCGGGGCGGCCACAAGCUGUUCUGGUCCAUGUCGACGUCGGGACGCAAGCUCUCGGCCAAGGCGUCCACAAUGCCAGCGUCGGCCGUGUUCCAGUCUUCAUCUUUGCCGGCAUGUGUCCAUAUACCGAGUCCGGUGAGCUUGCCGGCUCGCGGACGGAAUACAUGCACUGGCUGCAAGAAGCCCCUGAUCAAAAGGCCAUUGUACGGCAGUAUUGCCGGUACACGGGGGAAGUCCGCACAGGACUCAACGUCAAGCAGACUAUUGGGCGCGCGCUGCAGUUCGCAAACAGCACCCCCAAGGGUCCGGUCUACGUGGCGAGCGCCCGUGAAGUCUUGGCUCAAGAGAUCCAGCCGUACUCGUUGGAUCAGGCGCAAUGGGUGCCGAUCGGACCAAGUGCGCUCCCGGCUGAUGCUGUUCGCGACAUUUCCAAAGCGCUCGUGGAAGCCGAACGUCCGCUCAUCGUCACUGGAUAUUCGGGCCGGGACCAUCGCUGUCCGGACCUCUUGGUUGCUUUGGCCAAUCUCAUCCCGGGAAUCCGAGUCCACGACACCGGCGGCAGCGACAUGUGUUUCCCCUUUUCUCAUAGUGCCUCGGAGGGUUUCCGUCUGAGCUUCGACGAGUGCACCAAGGAUACGGAUAUGGUCUUCCUCCUCGACUGUGACGUGCCCUGGAUUCCAUCUCGGAAUCCGCCCCCCAAGGAUGCCAGGAUCUAUCACGUAGAUUGCGACCCCCUCAACCAGCAGAUUCCAGUUUCCUUCUUUCCCGCUCACGGGCGCUGGAAAGCGGAUAGUUUCACUGCAUUAAGCCAGCUUGUUGAGCAUAUUAAAAACGACGCCUCACUUGGCAAGCAGUUACGAGACCCCAAGUAUGUCGCUCGUCGAGCAGCGCGUGAGAAGGUCCACGCAUCUCGGUUGGCGGAGAUUGCUUCUCAGACUCGUCUAAACGACGACGAACCUCUCAAUGCUUCUAAUAUCGGCAGCCUUCUCAAGACGUCACUUCCAGACUCGACGACGUUUGUGAUUGAAGCUGUUACAGCCGCCCAAACUCUGUCCGACCAGUUGCAGCCCAGCCGACCUGGAAGCUGGAUCAACUGUGGUGCGACGGGAAUUGGCUGGAGCAACGGUGCCGCCCUGGGUGUCAAGAUGGCUCUGAUGGAUCUAGAAAAAGACCAGGAUCGGAAGCCAAGUCUUGUUUGCCAGAUUGUCGGUGACGGAAGUUUCAUGUGCGCAGCACCCUCGAGUGCGCUAUGGGUCGCAAGCAAAUACGAGAUUCCUGUUCUCACAAUUGUAUUGAAUAAUGGAGGGUGGAAGGCUCCUCGAAACUCGGCGGAACUCGUCUACCCCGGCGGCCUUGCUUCCAGCGCAACCGAUGACGAGAUUAACAUUUCCUUCCGCCCUACUCCAAACUAUGCCGCCUUGGCCGAAGCAGCAGCUGGAUCGGAGGCUGGCUGGGGAGGCUCGGCCGAGGACGAUCGAGCCUGGAUGAAGGGUCUGCGAGUAAGGACAGUCGCUGAUCUUAAAAAGGCGCUCAAGCUUGUAGAAUCACGCGUUGUUCAACAGCGAAAAGGAAUGCUGCUCGAGAUUCUACUAUAG